UUCAGGCUGACAAGAAAAUUUCAGGCAAUUGAGCGAUGGCGUUUGCAGACAUCAGGUCUGGAUAACGAUCUAGCUCAUGUCACCUUCCGUGGCCUAACUUCCAUGCUCCACCAAACAGGCUAAAUUUCACAGUGGGAAAUGGCAGUGGUCCGCUUUUACUGUUAGGUGGCCAUAAACUAUGUCAUUCUGUUUCCUGGCACAUCUUCAGUUUGAUCAACGCUUCCUUCCUUCUUGCUCGCUCACACCUCUCCUUCUCGACCUUGUAAAGCCAAGCCGCACAAUCGAGAAAAUCCUGUCGUUUAAACGGCAAGACCCAGACUCCGACGGAGUAGCUUGAUGAACAACCUGACUGACCGUACACAGUGAUGGAAAACAUGAAUGAAUCCUAUAUUCUAGUGCCUGGCUUUGACUACCACCCCCAUGAUGCGAUCAACCCGGGAGAUAUCGUCGCUGACUGGCGAGAACCAACUAAGACCCUCAGCAGCCCCACGAAGCCUGCCAUACUCGCAUUACACACAGACAUCGAGGGCAUGUUGAGGAGUGAUGAAGAGUUGACCACACUCCACGGGCAACUUUGGACGAGAUUCCUGCGCUUCGCUGAUACUGCUGUCGGUGGUGGAGGCACUGUGCUUGACCCUGCGAAUCACUUCUACGAGCGGCUGGACACCAUCCAUCUACACGAUUACCCUACCAAUGAGGAGGCCACUGAGCGCAGCUUACAUCCGGAAGUACAGAGUGUGAUGCGAAGCGGGUUUGGCCGGACGUCAGUGUUCAUGAUCACGGGCAUCAAGGUUGCCGAGGGAUUCACGAUGAGAAGGCCUUCUCUCGAGAGCCGGGAGACGAAGGCGACAAUAACAGCACGGCUUUUUGGCACGGAAGCAGACCCGGGCCUUGUUGAGGCUGAGGCAAUCAUUGGUGGACAUGAGCCGGUGGUGGAGGAGUGGCAACCGCCUGCCGACAUCGUUUAUGCCUAUAAGGUUAGCACGGUCCACUUCGAGGAGUGUCUGUCGGGGCCCUGCCAGAUUCAUCCCCACGUUCCUAGGGCCGGGGCCGCUUUGCUGCAUGAUAAGAAAGGGGAACAGAGGACCGAGGCAGCGGAUGACUACGCAGCGUACCUGAAAACUUUGCGGGAGAGGGCAGCAGAUGUGUUCUUGGCCGAGCAGGAGGGCUUGAGGAACCUCACGGGGGAAAUGGAUGUAGAGGUUGUAGAGUUGACGGAUGGAACAGAGAAAUGCGAUGUGGUCAUGUUCAACACCGUGCCUAGGUAGUUUGGAUCUGAGUAUCUGCCUAUCUAUUGGGCUGGACAGGGGUUCUCUCAGCGAUUUGAUUCCUACCUUUACGACGAGGAACAAGUAUCCUUAUGAGCGAAAUUGUGAUUAUGAGGUUGGAAGA